AUGAUUGCAAUUUUAAUAAAAAGUGUACUAUUAUUUGGCGUUAUUGGAUGGUACAGUACCAACGUAUGGAAAAUAAUCGAUGUUUAUUUUAAGGAAAAAUUUGAAAAAUAUCUUCAAGAUGAAUAUGCUAAAAAUCCAAAAAUGAAAAUUGAUAUACAAUCACCAAUUAUUAAUGAAGAAAUAAUUUCAACAAUAUCAAAUAAUGACUACUGUAAUUUUGAAAAUUGUCCAGAUAAUAAAAUAAAUUCUAAAACAUUAGAAAAUUUAAAUACAUUAAAAUCAGAUAAUUCAAAAAAAAUUGAGCUAAUUUCAAAUGAAGAAAAAAAACUAAAGCCAAUUGAAAAUAAUAAAAUUAAUAUAAAUAAUAAUGAAAAAAUUAAAACAAAAAUAAAAAAUUCUAAAUUAUUAAUCAAUAAAAAAACAAAUAAUAAUAAUAAUGGAAAAAAAAAGAAAAAAUUAAGUGAUAAAAAAAAAAAAGUUAAAUCACAAUUGAAUGAUGAUUUUUCAGAAUUUGAUUAUGAAAAUGAAAAACCACAUGAAGGUAUACCAAUAAGUGAACUUGGUUUUAAACCCAAAGCAGAUAUUGGAAAACUUGACAGAAUUAAUGCUGAAGAAUUUUGUCCAAUAAGUAUUGAUGAUAAUAGUGAUUGUUUUGAGACUAAAAAAUGGCCAUAA